AUGGCCGUGGCCUCCGCCUCCCCGGAUAGGAUCCAAGUGUCGCCGCAGCAGCAGCACCCCGUCGUCGAGCCCUCGCCGUCCCGAUUCUCCACCGACUCCGACGCCGCCUCGUCCUCUCCGCUCGUCUCCUGCUCCCCCGCCGACACUCCUGAUCGCUCCGAUCCUUCCUACGCUUCUCCCUCCUCCGCCGAUCAGUCUGCUGCAAGAUUGAGGAGUGAAGAGUACCGCCAGUUGUUUCGGCUUCCACCUGAUGAAGCCCUCAUCGAAGAUUUCAAUUGUGCAUUCCAGGAGAACAUACUUAUUCAGGGUCAUAUGUACCUGUUUGUUCAUCAUAUUUGCUUUUACUCGAAUAUAUUUGGGUAUGAAACAAAGAAAGUAAUCCCAUUCCAGGAAGUCACAAGUGUGAGAAGAGCAAAGACGGCAGGGAUCUUUCCUAAUGCAAUAGAAAUUUUUGCUGGAGACAAGAAGUACUUCUUUGCAUCCUUUCUGUCCCGAGAUGAAGCUUACAGAAUCAUAAAUGACGGUUGGGCGCAAUAUGUUGAUGGUGCCAAAGUGACUACAGAACAACUGGUACUGGAAUCAAUCUCCGAGACUAAAAACCAAGAGAAUGGAAUCGUAAUAAAAAAAGUGGAGAGCUCCAAUUGCUUAGUUAAUGAGGUGGAUUCUACUGACAGGAAUGCGAAUACUCAUAUUUCAGAAGAUUCUGAGCUUCCACCCAAAGUUGAAGAUGAUUCUGUGUUGUCGUCGCUUCCAGAGCCAGAAGGUGUUGUUGAAGAGGAUAUAGAACCAGUUCUGAAUGGUGAACCUUCAUCUUCAAGAGAUACCUUGAUUUGGAAGGAAGAAGAUUCAGAUGCCCCAAACAUUCCAGACUUUUAUACAAAGGUUGCGGAGUCGCAGUUUCCGAUAAAGGUUGAAGAUUUCUUUCGUUUCUUUUUCUCUGAUGAUGUGUUCAUUGAAUCAUUCCAUAAAAGUUGUGGAGAUAAAGAUUUCAGGUGUACUUCAUGGCACCCGCAUGAAAAGUUUGGACAUGCCCGCGAUGUUUCAUUUCAGCAUCCAAUUAAAAUCUAUUUUGGUGCAAAAUUUGGUAGCUGUCAGGAGCUCCAGAAAUUUCGAGUACACAAAAACAGUCAUUUAGUUAUUGAGACAUCACAAGAGAUCAAUGAUGUGCCUUAUGGAGAUUAUUUCCGGGUUGAGGGGCUUUGGAAUGUGGAGCGAGAUACUGAUGGAUCAAAGGAAUGCUGCAAUUUGAAGAUUUACUUGAAUGUAGCAUUUUCAAAGAGAACUGUAUGGAAAGGAAAGAUAGUGCAGUCUACCUUGGAAGAAUGUCGAGAGGUUUUCGCUACCUGGAUAAACAUGGCACAUGAAUUUUUGAAGAAGAACCUUGAAAAACCAGAAGAUAGUAUUCCUACUGCUAGCACGGUUCAGAAAUGUGAAGUCCGUCCUGCAGACGAAGCAGAGACGGUUCAGUCUUCUGAAAAGUUUUAUGAGCCCAGGGAUGACACUACCAUACAACAGAUAUCUGCAUCCAUACACCCUAAGCAGCAAGUUAACAGUCUAUUUCAAGAAAGUCCAAGUGAUGCUUACACUCGUUCCUCAUUGUUGAGAGAUUAUAUGAUGAAAUUCGGGUCGUCUUUGAGGAGUCAAAGCCAUCUUCCGUUGAUCAUAGUUGUCAUUGUUGCCGUGAUUUUCAUAAUGCAGUUGAGCAUACUUGCGCUACUAGUCAGACCCCAACAUAUCCAUGUGCACUCUCCUGUGGACUAUACAAGCGGUGUAGGUGGAAGAUCUUCUGAAGUUAUUACUUGGCUGGAGAAGCGAGUUCACACCCUUAAAGACGACAUGAACUUGGUUGAAGCUCGCCUGGAGAGCAUGCGACGUGAACAUGCACUCCUAAAAGCUCAACUUGAAGAUUUCAAGCAUCUUAAUAAGCGUAAGUAAAAUCAAGCUGUAAAUCCUCAUUCUUAAUCUGUUUUUGCUCCCUUUGUGUGGUAUUAUUGAGAAAUGUAUGUUGUUCAAGUUAGAAAAUUAGAAAACGUGUUGUAACAUAGAACCAAUAAGCGUAUAGAGAAAUUUCUCAAAUAGCCACAAUAUUCGUCUAGGGAUACAAAUCACGGUUCUCAAAUGCUGAGUAGUAAUGACCUAGCAGCCACCCUUAUUUCCGAAAACAA